AUGGCCAGCACGAACGCUGCAGACUUGUUCUACCUCUCACAGGUCCCACCAACAGCUUCCCGGAACCCAGGCAGCAAGAUCUUCACUUCCAUGUUUGAUAAAUACAUGGUAGUGCCUUCUUCUAAAGAUGAUAGUGUGUAUCUUGUUUUUCCAGUAAGCUACACGACGACGUUGCGUGACGAUGAGGGGAAAGAGAUAGAUGGCAGCUUCGAAGACUCGGAAGACUGGGAUGAGAUUCAGUGGGCUGCGGGCGUGUAUGAGCACUUGCGAGGCAAUCACCCUAAAUUACUUGAAUUCAAGGGCCGUGACCCCUAUGGCUACCUUCUGUCAAAAUCCUCCAUUGGCCCCCUAACCUUUGCACUACACUCCCAUCCCACCUUCACUACUAGCCCCCUCUCCCUCGCGCUCAUCUACCGCUGGGCAUUCAACACACUCUCCGCGCUGCAGUACCUUCACUCACGCGACGUCGUGCACUACGAGUUCUGCUCAGAGGCGCUCUGGCUGGAGCCUGAUCUCUCGCUCUCCAUGCUCGGUCUCUGGGGCGCGCAUGUAGGGCACUAUUGCCCCACUACAGGCAAUCAGAUGACUGAUAUCAGGCUUGAAGAGCGAUUUGUGAGUUUUCAGACAGAUUUGCUCGAUUGGGCGUCGUGGGUGUAUGGGCUUGUGACUGGAGAGGGGGCGUUGGCUGUGUUGGAGGGGCUUGAGGGUGAACCAAAUGAGAUGGAAGAGGAGAGGAGGAGGGCAAUGGCCGCUAAACAGUUCCCUGUGCUUGGGAAGGAGAUGUUGGGCGCGGUGGUGGGGAAGUGCUGGAAGGGCGAGUACGCUUCUAGUAUGGAGGCUGUGGACGAGUUGAAGGUUUUCUUGGAAAAGAUGGGGUUUGAGUGGGAGGGAAAUGGUGAUUUGGUUGAUUUUGAUAACGCGCCGUAUGAGUACUUGAAGGUAUUCGAUAACCCUUAUCUGAAAUUAGAUGCCUGA